GCGUGUGGAAGAGUGAGAGUGGAAAGCGAUGACGCUGGGUCUAAUCAACGCGAACCCUGUGGUUCACGCCAAGAAAGAGAGGAUCGCUCGAUCCGAAGAUCCCCACGCCGACGAUGCCGUUGAUCCCCUCGAUAUUUAUGAUUUCGUGAGGGAUAUUAGGGAUCCCGAACAUCCUUAUUCCUUGGAACAGCUCAGUGUUCUCUCCGAGGAAUCAAUCACUGUCGACGACAAAUUAGGCCGGAUUCUGAUAACUUUUACGCCGACCGUGCAGCACUGCAGCAUGGCCACGGUUAUUGGUCUUUGUCUGAGGGUUAAACUAAAGCACUGCUUCCCUCCUCAUUACAAAUCCUCUUUGCAGGUGGACAUCAAAGUGUCUCCGGGAUCUCAUGCUGAUGAAGAAUCGGUCAACAAGCAGUUAAAUGAUAAAGAAAGAGUUGCUGCUGCCAUGGAGAAUCCCAACCUCCGCCAGCUUGUGGAUGAGUGCAUCUACUCCAAUGAACUGUGAACAUAUGCCUGCAUAAUAACUACUGCAAAGGGCAUUCGCAGCUGAUGAAUGCAAUGUAAACCAAAAAAGUCAUUAUGUCUUCGGAAAUCACUCGAAUGGGAUUUACCUGUCCAGAAGCUUUAGCUAUUUGAUUUUCAUAGGAUGUAGUUUCUCCCCUCCCCUUCCCAACCCCACAUCGUGUUUAGCGUGUGGAAUGUAUGUAAAUUAAGCUAGACAUCAUUAUGUCAUAUUUUUGUACCUUUAACUAUAGAUAAUGCAUCAGUAUCUUAAUGGUUUGACCCGGCCCUCAUACUCAAUAGUUCAUGCUUCAUGCCAUGCCAUUUAAUUUGUUUGGAUGGAAAGUAAGCUCAUUCCUUUUAUGUGUGACA